AUGGAGCAAAUCGAGCAGCGUGCCGUCAUUAAGUACCUCCAUAAGAAGGGGCUAUCAUCAAAAGCCAUCCAUGAUGACAUGGUCAGUACAUUAGGCGAUUGUGCACUGUCAUAUUCAUCCGUCAAAAAAUGGAUAGCAGAAUUUAAGCGUGGUAGAGAGAGUGUGAAAGAUGAACCCCGCUCUGGAAGGCCUUCGACGUCAACUACUGACGAAAAUAUUAAAAAAGUACUUGAUUUAAUAAUGGGAGACCGCAGAUUAAAAAUUAGAGAGAUAGCCGAGAUUAUAGGCAUCUCUUAUGAAAGAACUCAAAACAUCAUUGUCAACGAGCUGGGUUUCCACAAGGUGUCUGCGAGGUGGGUUCCGCGACUGCUUUCAGUUGAACAAAAAAGGACGCGAUUGACUAUUUCACGCGACUGUUUGGAGUUAUUUGAAGCCGAUGCAGAUGAUUUUUUGAAUCGUUUUGUUAGUAUGGACGAAAUGAAACAUUGGUUCAUUACUGUACACCGGAAACAAAACAACAAUCAAAACAGUGGAGAAGACCUGGUUCACCACCCCCUAAAAAGGCUAAGUCGAUUUUGUCUGCAAAUAAGGUGA